CACUUCCCAAGACCCAAGCUGAUCGCAGUCCAAUUGUAACCCGCCGCACCUCCCUCCGCGCGCCUCCAUUGAAACCAAGCCUUUUCUCCCUCUCCCGGGCCCCGGCUGCCGGUUUUCUUCUCCGGCGACGAAAUCUAUGGCAUUGGGGAGCGAAACGGGCGGUGGCUACAACGGGAGGGUGACUGUGUUCGUCGUCCUCUCCUGUAUAGUUGCGGCCAGCGGAGGACUCCUCUUCGGCUACGACCUCGGCAUCUCAGGUGGCGUGAGCACCAUGGAGGGAUUCUUGGAGAAGUUCUUUCCCGAGGUAUACACUCAGAUGAAGGAGGACGCCAAGAUCAGCAACUACUGCAGAUUUAACAGCGAGCUCCUGACGGCCUUCACGUCUUCGCUCUACAUUGCUGGGCUUGUGGCGUCCUUGUUCGCUUCGCCGAUCACGCGGGCGUUCGGUCGAAGGGCAUCCAUGCUCAUCGGAGGGGCCAUGUUCUUGGCUGGCGCGGCAUUGGGCGGGGCGGCUGCCAACGUUUAUAUGGUUAUCUUUGGCCGCGUCCUGCUUGGUGCGGGCAUCGGGUUCACCAACCAGUCAAUUCCAUUAUACCUAUCAGAAAUGGCUCCACCUCAACACCGUGGAGCAAUCAAUAAUGGUUUUGAAGUUUGUGUUAGCAUCGGAAUUCUUGUAGCUAACUUCGUCAACUAUGGAAUUAACAAGACGCAAGCCAGAUGGGGUUGGAGAAUCUCUCUAGCCUUGGCUGCAGUUCCUGCUUCCUUUUUAACUGUUGGUACCGUUUUCCUCCCUGAGACACCCAACAAUAUUAUUCAGCGCAAUGGCGACCUCCAUAAGGCAGAGCAGCUGCUUCAAAAGAUCCGAGGCACCACUGAUGUUAAAAAAGAGCUUGAUGACUUGAUUUCUGCUGGCAUUAUCGCGAAAGGCAUUCAUCACCCUUUUCGAAAGAUCAUUCAACAGAAGUACCGCCCUCAGCUUGUGAUGGCGUUCUCAAUCCCCUUUUUCCAACAAGUUACUGGGAUUAAUGUGAUUAACUUCUAUGCGCCAAUUAUGUUUCGAACCAUCGGGCUAAAAGAGAGUGCUUCUCUCAUGUCAGCAAUAUUGACAAGGCUAGUUGCUUUAAGUUGCAACAUCCUAGCAAUGGUGUUAGCUGACAAAUUGGGUCGGCGAACUCUGUUUAUAACUGGAGGGAUUCAGAUGUUUUUGUCACAGAUAAUAGUUGGUGGAGUAUUGGCAGCGGAGUUCAAAGACCAUGGAGGAAUGAGCAGAGGCCAGGCUUAUUUGGUAUUGAUCAUCCUUUGUGCUUUUGUAGCAGGUUUCUCAUGGUCUUGGGGGCCUUUGGGAUGGUUAGUCCCAAGCGAAAUUUUCCCGCUGGAGAUUAGAUCAGCAGGGCAGAGCAUUGUGGUAGCAGUGAACUUUUUGGCAACUUUUCUUGUUGCUCAGUCUUUCCUUCCGAUGCUUUGUCAUCUGAAGUCUGGAACUUUCUUCUUCUUUGGGGGAUGGGUUGCUGCCAUGACCUUGUUUAUAUAUAUGUUCUUACCAGAGACUAAGAAUGUGCCAGUUGAGCAAAUGGAUCAAGUAUGGAAGAAGCAUUGGUUUUGGAAGAAGAUAAUUGGGGAUGAGAAAGAGGAAAGCAAGGGGAAUGCAACGAGCACGACAAAUUCGCAUCAGAGAUCAUGAUAAUUUAACAUAGGAAGGCGGCGGCGGUGUUGUUGAUCGUCAAUUUCGUCUUCAUAGUCAAAAUACGAGCGGGCAUGCCACCGUUCGUGUUUGAAUUUGGAACCUCUCCUCAGAGCAAGGCACUGGCAAUUUCAUGAGGUUCGGUGUUUUUUUAUAUUGGCCAUGAUCAUCCUAUGGGUUUCUGGUAGAUAAUAAGCAUGCAAGGAAGGUUUGACAAGAUCACCUGACUAAUUGAAUAUUUAGUCAUAUCCUAGGUAGUCAAGUGCUUCUUGAUACAUAAUAGACAUGUUAGGAAGGAUAAGUAAGAUCACCUUGACAAAUCAAAUUAACAAGAAGUAAAUGCGACCUUAUAAAUAAUAUACUUUUCUAUGUAUUGAACAAGAUGAAUGUUUGAUUUACAUGCAUGCUGAUACCAAGCCCCUUUAUAGCU